AUGCCGGCCCUACUCAUCACAAGAUACAUGCCCACAAAGAGCCAGUGUUACUACCAAUUUCGUUGGGAGAUCAAGAAUGAGAGUGGUGUCUCUUGUUCCUGCUGUGCUUUGAGCAAGACCAAGAGCAGUUCCUCUAUACCUACCAAGGACCAUGUCUCGCUCAGUCACCACAACCAUCCACAGCCAUCCAACACAAACUUGGAUGAAGACGACCGAAAACUCCCUUGGGAGGAGCUCAAUGUGUUUCGCGAAGAUCGAGAAAUACUCAGAGACGAGAUGACAAACGCCGUCGACCAGUUCCGAGAGAGCUUUGCGCCUCUGGCAAGAACCACGCAAGCUGUCAUGGACCGCUUGAGGUCAACCGAGGAAGAAUAUCAGGAAUUGCAAAGAUAG